CAGAGUCCCACCGCGUGACGUCCGCGUCCGUUCAGUUCAGCAGUUUCUUUUCCUACCCCAUAUUAUUAAUGUUAAUAUUAAUUGAAAAUGAUUGACUUUCUAAAUUCUUCUUUAUUAAGCAAUCGCAAAUUGGUUUGCCUAGAUUUUGUAUAGAUCUAUCAUCCGACUUUCCAGGAAAAUAUAAGCUUCGAAUUUUCCUCGAAAACACCACUCCAUUUUCCUUUAUACAAGCACAACUUUUUCAAUUUCGUUAAGCAAAAAAGGGAGAAAAUGGGGCAACAGCAAUCCAAAGACGAGUUGCUGUUUCAGCAAGUUAAUUACGGUAACACAGAAGGAAUCAAAGCUCUUUGCAGGGAAGGCGCAGGCCUGGAGUGGAUUGAUAGAGAUGGUAAAACACCAUUGAUAUUAGCGUGCCUGAAUCCUGAGCUCCACCAUGUGGCUAAAACUUUGAUAGAGCUCGGUGCUAAUGUUAAUGCUUACCGGCCUGGUCGUAAUGGGGGGACUCCGUUACAUCAUGCGGCAAAAAGAGGCCUUGAUAAAACUGUUGAGUUACUUCUUUCUCAUGGAGCAAAUGCAUUAGUAUUGAAUGAUGAUUGUCAAACUCCUCUUGAAGUUGCUAGGGCUAAAGGACACAACAAUGUUGUCCGUACAAUUGAGAAUCAUAUUUGCUUAUUCUCUGGUUGGAUGCGGGAAUUCUAUGGGCCAGGAUUUCUAGAAGUCCUGGCUCCUCAGUUUAUUUCCAGAAAAGUAUGGGUUGUCAUUUUGCCAAUUGGUUCCCGCAACCCUACAAAGCCUUUCAAGUUGGAGCUUGCCAUAUAUUGUAGUUCACAGGAUGCCCAACCACGUACACUGACUGCAUUGUGGAAAGCUAAUUUGGAGGAACCAAAAUUUCAUCAUUCAGAUCCUUCGGUUGUAAUUGUCGAUAAUGCCACCAUCCCAAGAGGCAGGAGGCGGAGACGAGCGAGGCAUAGGCCUCGAACAGUUAGGCAAACACGCAUUAAACUUGCACCUGCAAAUGAGGGUGAUAAGCAGCAGCUUCAGUGGUUCUGUGAUGCAUGCAAAGGAAUUCCACAGGCAAUGCAUCCUCCUGCAUUUCUGCAUAAUUCCGAGUCUUCAACAGUUCAAGCGACAGCUCCUCCAUCUGCCGAAGACUUAGAAUUAGCAAUGGCACUCAGUGCCUCCAUCCAGUCUGCCAUGGCAGAAUCACCAGUUAUUGAUACUCACUCAAGUGAAGCAAGUGCUUCCACCAGUCAAAGUGCUCCUCCUUCAAAAGCCACUAGCAAUUUGUGGGCGGCACAUGAAGCUGGCUCUAGUGGCAAUUCAGCUCAGCACCAUGUCCAGAAUAGUAACAUCCCUGCUGUGCAGACAGCAAUUCAUGCGCCUGAUUCAGUCCCAUCAGCUCUAUCCAUCAUAGAUGAGAGUGUAGAAGAUGGUCCAAUUCAUUAUCCAUCAAUUGAUUCUAGUCCAAUUGAUAUGUCUUCCCCACCUGUAGAGAAAUUGAUAGCUAGCACUGGCGAAAAGAAAGAAGAUGGUGGUUCUUCAUCUUGUGUUAUAUGUUUGGAUGCUCCAAUUGAGGGGGCGUGCAUCCCAUGCGGCCAUAUGGCUGGUUGUAUGUCUUGUUUAAAUGAGAUCACAACAAAGAAGUGGGGUUGUCCUGUCUGCCGUGCUAAGAUCGACCAGGUUGUAAGGCUGUAUGCUGUUUGAAUGUUCAAGCAGAAUGAGAAAGCUGUAAAUGCCCCCUCAAAGAUAAAGUUCUAGUUCUGCCUCUGCAUAUCCUGCAGCUAGGAUCAUUGUUGUAGAUUAUGCCACAUGACAUUGUGGAACAACUUCAUUGGAAGUUGGAAUUUUUUUUUUUUUUUAUAAAUCCCCAAAUUAUAUGAAAGUAAGGUAUCUCAAAACUUUAUAGGCUGUAGAAUUUGUACCAUUUGUACCAAGAAUAAGUUGUAUGAUCAGAUAAUGUUAGGGAUGCCAGUGAUAUCUGAAAAACCACAUGGCACGUCAGUGAUCUUCUCAGAAAUUUUAAGGUAGGAUGAUCCUUCAAGAAAGUGAAUUUAAGAGAGGGAGAUGCUAACGGUCAGGUAUCAUCUGCAGGUGAGUUUGGUCACACUGAAGGAAUCAAAUACUUCAGCAGCAACAGAUCAGCGCAUGAGAGGGGCAAAAUAAAAUUGUAAUCAUUGGUGAGCUUCUCGAAUAUUUUAUUCAUGUUUUUGUCAGUUAAAACUGAAGUAGGUUUCACUUCAUGUUUGGGUACUGUAAAAGUUUAAAAUUUUAGAGGCUGUUUAAUAAGGUCCUUUGUGAAACCAUUAGAUCUAUGGUUUGUUUGUAUCUUAUUUGUAUAGGUGUUUUGGUAUAUUGUCUACUUUUCGUUGUCCAUGUAUAAAUUUAUAUCUUUAUCAA